AUGGCUUUUGUUAGGGUUCUUCCCAUCACACUACUACUACUAUCAUGCCUUAUGAUCAUGACCUUUGAAGUCGGUUCAACGGCUCGGAAAAUGCAUGUGAUCGAGCCUGGCCAAGGCCCGGUGGUGAGGGUUCAGGGAGAAAAGAAUGGCGUAGGUGGGCUAAUGGAGUGUUGGAAUGCAUUACUGGAAUUGAAAUCAUGUACGAACGAAAUCAUACUGUUCUUUCUCAACGGCGACAGUUACUUGACGAUGGAGUGUUGUAGAGCCAUUCGGAUCAUCACUUACGGCUGCUGGCCAUCCAUGCUUACUUCUCUCGGGUUCACUUCCGAAGAAGGUGACAUUUUACGAGGUUAUUGUGGUGGCGCGCCUCUACCACAACCGGUUAUGCUCUUAGGCCCUCAUGUCUGA